CUGGGAGAUGUAGUCCCGGCUCCCGGGCUCGCCGGCGGCCGGCGGGGCUUCUGCGGGGGACUACGUUUCCCAGGCCCCCCUGCUGCUCGGCCGGGCCGCGGGAAGGGCCGGGCUGUCAAUCAACGCGCGUCGGCGGGGGCAGCGGGACGGGGAUCCCCCCGCCCGCCCCGUGUCCCGCUAAUAAUAAGUGCUUCAGAACCUUAAAAGCAGGGAGGCAAGUGUCAUGCGGGCGCGUCGUAAGGGGCUGAGCUCCGGCUGAGCGCCCAGGGCUGCUUUGCAGCCGGCAUAGCCGGGAGGGGAGAAAAAAAAGGAGGAAAAAAAAAAAAAAAAAGAAGCCUCGGAGCUGGUUCUCGGGGAACGGGCGAGAGGAGAGAAGCCCGAAAGGCUGGACAAGCCAUCAGCGAAGUGGCGAUGAGGCGCAGGAAGACGGCGGUGGCGGCCGGCUGCUGCCUCGCCUUCCUCCUGGGCACCCUGCUCAACCUCCUCUUCAUCCCCGGCUCCGAGCACCCGCCGCCGCCCCGCGAGGAGCUGCCCCCCUCCCCGCCCGGCGCCCCCCUCUACCCGCCGGAGGAGGAGAUCGGCGGCGGCCAGGCCGCCCUGGCGCGGCAGAUCCGCGAGCGCUACGAGGAGGUGCUGCGCUACCGGCAGCACCGGGCGGCGGCGGCGGGGCGGCGGCCGCUGCGGCCGCGGGAGCGGCGCCUGAUGGACCUGGCGCCGCCGCGCACCUCGGCGGAGCAGCCGCGGCCGCCGGGACCGCGGGGCCGAGCGGCGGCGGAGCCGUGGGCCGGAGCCUCGGCCGAACUCUCUUUGGAGCCGCCGCUGCUGGGCUGCCGCGACAUCCGCGAUGUCAGCGGCGUGCAGUACCUGGGCUCGGGGUACACCAAGGCGGUCUAUAAGGCGGUCCUCAACCGCACGCUGGCCGUGGCCCUGAAGGCGGUGGAUUUCGGCGGGCACGACAUCGCCCACUGCGUGCGGCAAUUCUCCGCCCUGGGGGACUGCUAUCGCCUGGCCGCCUACAAGAUCGUCAAAGAGAUGAUCCUGCUGCAGCGGCUGCGCCACGCCAACGUCCUGCAGCUCUACGGCUAUUGUUACCAAGACAGCAAUGACAUCCCAGACACGCUGACAACCAUCACUGAACUGGGCUCACCUUUAGAGAUGAUUCAGCUUCUACAGACUUCCUGGGAAGACAGAUUUCGGAUAUGUCUCAGCUUAGUUCGGCUUCUGCAUUACUUGGCUCACUCUCCUCUUGGCUCAGUGACAUUACUGGAUUUUCGCCCUCGGCAGUUUGUGAUUGUGGAUGGGGAGCUGAAGGUGACAGAUCUGGAUGAUGCCAGUGUUGAGGAGAGCUCUUGCACUAGUAACAGUGACUGCUUCAUGGAAUUCCCUGCAAGAAACUUCACCCUGCCCUGCUCGGUUGAGGGACGGUGUCAGAGCAUGAAUGAAAAGAGGAAUCUCUACAAUGCCUACAGGUUUUUUUUUACCUAUCUUCUUCCACACAGUGCUCCAUCCUCACUGAGACCAUUACUGGAUAAGAUAGUCAAUGCAACAGGAGAGCUUCACUGGGGAAUAGAUGAGACAGCUGCUCAGCUGGAGAGAGUUUUGAAUCUGUAUAAGAGUGGGGAGUACCUGCAGAACACAACCCGGGUGCCGAAAGCUGAGUACAGACGGGUGCCUGAAGCCUUUAUUCCUGAUGAGAACUACAGAUGCUGGCCAUCCUACCAUCACAAGGGCUGUCUCCUCUCCGUGUUUGAUGUCAACGAAGCCAUUGAGAUCUGUGACAGCUACUCCCAGUGCAAAGCUUUUGUCCUAACUAACCAGACGACUUGGACAGGUCGGCAGCUUGUCUUCUUCAAGAUGGCCUCAAAUCAUAUUGUGCCUGAUCCUGACAAGAUAACAUAUGUGAAGGUGACAGACUGACACCUAAAAUGGCUCAGUCUGACACGUGAGUGAUAAGAGCUGUUUGUGUAUAAAUAUAGGCAGCUGUUAGGUAGAAGGCAGCUGUGGCCGGAGAAAUAAUUGCACUAUUACUCAUUCUAAUCUAUAGAGUGCUAAAGGAAACUUUAAAGAAAUAACCUGCAUGACCAGGAUGAAUGUGCAAUAAAACAAGAUUUUGAAAAUGUGAUUUAAAAAGAAAACAAAACAACCCAAAGCAAAGUACAAGAGAUGAUACACUGUUAGAGUAUAAUUUUAGUUAUAAAUCAGCUGGCAGCUCUGGCUUUUCUAAUCAAGGUUAGCAUAACAUUUCUGACCUGUACAUGUGUGUCCAGGGAUGAAAGCUGAUCAUUUCUCUGGGAAGCCUGUAUCCUCCACACUGAUAUUUAUUUGGGCACGUACAAUCACAACAGAGGAACUGAAGCGUAUCAGUUUGUCUGCUGAAUAGCAAAUGUUACUGAGGACAAUCAGCAUUUGUGUUAAAGCUAUGGAAUAUGCAAUGCUGGCAUAUUUGUCAAACGGAAGGAAUUGCUUAUGUUUAGAAUUGCAAGACUGCAACUAAUUUUCAUUUUUGCUUCCAAUGUUAUCAUAAAGUUUCAUUUUUAAUUUGAAAGAGUCAUUUUGUAAUCUAGCAAAUCACAUAAGCAUAUGAAUAGUCCUACUGAAAGGGCAGGGACUUACCCAAGUGCCAUGUGCUUUGCUGGAUAGGCCUAAGCAUAUGCUUACAAUUAAGCCUGUGCUUAAGACUGUUGUUGAAUCAGUUUGAAUUGUUCAGGAAGCCACAUCUUUGACAGACUGGCAAAGCGGUCCAGCUGGUUGAACUGUACUAAUUUAAUGACUAUUUUGCAGUUAUUUGUACCUUUUAUCAUCAGGUCCUUGGUUUUCUAAGGCAUCGCUUGCUGAUUCUUGGAGUGAAUUAAGUAAAUGACCUUAAUGAUGUCAAAUGAAUGCUAGCCUUAAUUCUAUAUAAAAUGCAUCUUAAAGGCAGGGUGUGUCUAGAGAAUUUGCUUUCAGUGAAAGCAAUGAAGUAAAUGCUGAAGUGACCAAUGUCAUACUGUUUUGUAGUUUGUACAGUCAGGAAAAAUGUGCUUUUGUUUCUCAAAUUGUUUAUUUUUGUAAAAAAAUAAAAAUAAAAGAUAAAUAUAAUUUCUUUUA